AUGACGAAACGAAAGGCUAGAGAGGCUGGCCUUGCCUCCCCGUCAAAGAGGUCGAAGAUCGAAGACCCGGAAGCCAUUGCUCCCAGCGACGAUGACUUCGAAGACACGGCCAGUCACUCCGGCUCGACGGUCAAUGCCGACGCCGAGACCGUCCUGACGGGACAGACGUCCCUCACCACCCGAUCCCGGAAGUUUCCCUCCGACCUGAAGACGAUUCCCUGCACAUAUCCGGACUGCCACAAGACCUUCAACCGUCCCGCCCGCCUGGCCGCCCACCUGCGCUCUCACACCGACGACCGCCCCUUCAAGUGCACCUACCCAGGCUGCGACAAGGACUACCGUGAGGAGAAGCACCUCCGCCAGCACAUCAAGGGCUCUCACACCCAGGAGCGCGGCUACACCUGCACCCACGAGGGCUGCGGCAAGUCCUUCCUGACAGCGACCCGCCUGCGCCGUCACCAGGACGUCCACGCCGGCCAGGAGCGCUUCCGCUGCCGCGACUUCCCCCCCUGCAACCAGAGCUUCCGCAAGCACAACACCCUCCAGCGACACAUCCGCUCCGAGCACCUCGGCGCCCACGCCUAUCCAUGCCCGGAGCCCGGCUGCGGCGCCGGCUUCGACUCCCAGGGCGCCCUGCGCAACCACACCCGCCGCGACCACAGCGAGCCCCAGUUCUGGUGCGAGGAGUGCGGCGGUGACGACGGCGCCUCGUCGGUGGGCUUCACCUCCCUCGCCCUCCUCCAGGCCCACAUCCGCAAGGAGCACCUCAACUGCAUCUUCUGCGACUUCAAGUGCACCGGCCAGUGGGAGCUUGAGCGGCACGUCGAGAUGCGGCACUCGGGCAUCCCUCUUGAGGCCCGCAAGACGAUCGCCUGCACCUGGGAGGGCUGCGACAAGAAGUUCACCAAGAAGCACAACCUGACGGUGCACAUCCGCACCGCCCACGAGGGGUUCCGGGUCGUCUGCGGCGAGCUCGACGUCAGUGGCGGCCCGGACUUGGAGGGCUGGUCGAACGACCUGGGCUGCGGCGCGGGCUUCAUCAGCAAGAUGAAGCUGGAGGAGCACAUCCGACAUAUCCACCUGGGUUUUAAGCGGCCCCAGGUCAAGCCCGUGGAAGGCCCCUCUGGCAAUCUUCUCGAUGACAUCGCCGGCACGAACCGAAACAUUCCCUGCGUAAUCGAGGGCUGCAACGCGCGCUUCAUCCGCCACCACGACCUCCAAGUCCAUCUCGAGAACCACCCCCCUGCGGUCUCUGCGGUCCCAGCGGUCCCAGAGGUGGACCAGAUCGAGGCCGCGAUCCUGAGCUUGGCGGGCGACACCGACGCCGACAACGCGGACGCCGGACCGUUCGACGGCAACCGCGAGAUGCCCGAGCUGCCCCUGUACGGCAUCAUCCCCGGCGUGACCGACUUCUCAGAGAACUUCUCGGAGAACUUCACCAGCGGAGAGCAGAGCCCGAACGACGAGUUCUGGUUCGGCGCGCGCGACGACUUCAACUCGCCGCCGCAGACGUGGGAAGAGGAGGAAGCUGCCAUGCGCGCGCUCAUCGACGAGGAUGUUUCUUGCUACGUUGACCCGGCGCUGGCAAACAUGGCAUGA